CUUUUUUCCCAGGCCCUUUCCGCGUCUUUUUUUAUUAUUUAUUUCCGUGUAAACUGCAGCCUUGAUAUAAAAACAUUGAUGGUCGAUAAUUUACUCCGGUUUUGAGGGCCAAGGACAAGUGCGAGAAUCUUUCAAAUACAACCCCUGAAACCCUUGGACCACUAACCGACUACAUGGCUCGACCACGGCCGCGGGAAUACAAGGCAGGAGAUUUGGUUUUUGCCAAAAUGAAAGGAUACCCACACUGGCCGGCGAGGAUUGAUGAGCUUCCAGAAGGGGCUGUCAAACCACCUGCCAACAAGUAUCCCAUUUUCUUCUUCGGCACGCAUGAAACUGCGUUCCUAGGCCCAAAGGACCUGCUGCCCUACAAGGAGUACAAAGACAAGUUUGGCAAGUCCAACAAGAGGAAGGGUUUCAACGAGGGCCUAUGGGAGAUUGAGAACAACCCCGGAGUCAAGUUCACCGGCUACCAGGCCAUGCAGCAGAACUCGUCCGAGACGGAAGAAGGGGUGAACGCGGUGGACGGCAGCAGUGAGGGAGAGGAGGGGGAUUCUGUGGAGGAGGAAGACAACAAGGAGAAGCUCAAGGGAACAGACAAGGCCGCGUCCAAACGGAAAAAGACCGCCGGAUCAAAGAAGUCCUCCAAGCUGUCGCGCGUGUCGUCCGGCGAGGACGACCUGGAGAAGGACGGGAAGGAGGGCGACAAGAAGAGCAACUCUGUGGGCGGGGAAACGGACGGGGGCCUCAUCCAGAACGCCACUGACAAUAAGAACCAGUUGCUUAGAGAAGAACAUUAAACACUCAGAGGACAACACCUAUGAGAAUUCAUUCUUUGUGCAAGUAGUAUUGGAAUGGGAUGAUAUACACACUGUUUGUUCCAUCAGCACCAUCUACUGGCCGUUGACACUAACACAUGCGCGUUGGACUUCGAAAAAACAAAACAGAAAGAUGGGGUCAAGGCCAGGAUAAACAAAUAUAUAAUUUGUCAUCAAAGACCAAACUGUUAGACGUCAAUUUAUAUUAAGUUAAUCAAGUGGCCACUAGCAACGCAAAAUCCACUGUUACUGUACUAGGUAAUUGGUAAUCAUUUGAUGUAGGAUUGUUGUUUGCUGGCUGCAAAUCGUAACUUGUAAGUCUAUUAAACCAAAUGAAAGAAUGUGGCUCCAGGGUAUUAGCACAAAUAACUUCUCCUGUCAUCUCUGAGGUUUCUGUUUUUGUGUCAGCCUCCAGAUACCAAGACUUAAGGAGCCAACUGUUUCAAAAGAGUGCUGACACACUGGGGCAAUUUAGUAUGUUUACUGUCAUUCAAACAUUUAAAACCCUACUAUUUUGCAAUAUUGACAUUGAUACCCUUAUAGGAUAUUAUUAUACCAUAUAUGAACAAUUGAAUGCUUUUACUUUAUGAAAAAAACACUAUGAACAGACUGACCAGUUGCAUGCUACAACAUCACUUCCUGUCCUGGAAUCUAUAAUUCCAUGACUGAUUGUCCACCUAGACUGCGAAAAUGUUUUCUCGCCAUGACACUCAGUCAUUGGGAGCUCUUCAUGUGAAAACGAUGUGUCUCACAACUUUAUCUUCAAUCUGCUCCAUGUCCGCUCCAAAUAAACGGAACAGAAAAACUGCAUUCCAGACAGAAAGAUCUGCUUUCAAUCAAAGGCAGCAAACUCACAAAUGAAUUCUAGUGUGUCGUAACUCUUGACUUAUUUAACCACAUUUGUAAUAUAAACUCAAUUCAGCCUUCAUGCCGGCCCCAUCACGCAUCUCCAUUCACCCAUCACACCCUCACUGUGUGCAAACAUGUUUCAAAUGUCCUCCGGUAUGAAUAUAUACAAUAUUAUAGACAAUAUCACAGUUAUACACGUUGGUUUUCGCAGUGUACUGACACUCUAGUUGUAGCUUGGAGUUCCUUUUUUUUUCUCCACAUGAUUAAAAAUGUAAGGGUCUUUCUUCUACUAUUACUGUCAUAUCAUUACAGUGUCCAUCCCACAUUACUAUAUUUCAUGUAACCAGAAAAAAACGAAUGGAGAAGUACAUAGAUUAAUGUAUUAUGAAGUGUUGUGCACAACUGGGUUACACAUUGUAACUCAAAGAAAUUUAAAUAUACCGGUAUAUUUUACCUUUGUUGUAGAAUAGAGGACUUCUAUUUUACUCGGACUGCUCUAGGCAUCAUCUCAUCUUUUUAACAAAUGUUAUAUAUAUAAAUAUUAUAUCUGUUCUUCUGUGUAGCUGUGGAAUAUGUCACUGUAUAUUGAUGAUUAUAAUGAUUUUUAUAGUGGCAUGCUGAAAAAGGGGGUUCAUUUUUGAUGGUGGCUGUUGACAUUGUCCUAAAUCAGGCGUUACGGUUUUGUAAGAAUUAGAAAACGUGUAUUACAUUUUCUUUCUCAUCACCAAAAUCCCAAAUCAGACGACCAACAUAUUGUGGUUUUAGUUGCUCACAAGUUUCGUCAACACAGAUAUAUCCAUGGCUGGAUCUAGAAGCCACAGGGCCCAAGGGGGGCAUAGGCUAGGGCAUCCCCACUGGGGUUAAUGUAAAUCGACACAUUCAUGGAAGCCUCUGGCACUCAGUACAAAACAAGUGUGUAUCCAUCUAAGAGCUGUAAUAAUGUAUGCACUAGGAAAUCCAGGCAGACUGACCCAUCAAAUGGAAAAAAAUUGGACACCUCUAGGUGAUGCACAAUGCACUAUAUAAUAGUGAGUUACGACAUCUGCGCUAUUGCAAAAUGUUGUUUAUUUUGUCUUUUUAUUGCAAGCAUUGAUUUAAAGAUAAUUUGUUUAAGAUGAUGCUGAUGCUCCAUCUUUAACAAAAGCCAGCUGCCUUUAUUUGCCUCCAUUGCUUUUCCAAAGGGAAACUGCUCUUUUUCAUUGAUUUAUUUAUCUAUGUUUUAUGAUAGUUAAAACAUUGUGUGGUUGUACCAUACAUUUUCAGUUCAUUAUUUGUUAUGCUGUAUUUGAAACAUGAUUUACAUUUCAAAAGUUUGUAGUUGACUGUUUUUGCUGUUUAUGGACAAGAUUUUUACAGA